AUUUCAUUAAAUCGCUUUACUGACACUGAUAUGUAGCUUUAUUACUCUUAUUUAAACAAAUUUUCUUGAUAUUUGAAUAAUGGGUGGAGUCCAAAGUGGAACGCAUAGUCUCGGCGAUGCAUUAUGGAUACAGGAAAGACAAAGACAAAAAUGCCAACGAGACAGUAGCCGCUGCGAGAGCAACGGUCAUGGCAGCCACCUCUAUCAGCACCAACAGCAACAGCAACAGCAACAUCAACAGCAACAGCAGACGUCAACUCAGGAGCGGCGCAAGUUACUGAAACGCACUCGGAGUCUGGCGGUCAUAUCAGAGGACGAGAGUCGCGCCGUCAACAACGACAGGGAUAACAGUGUGCAACUCCAUUCCCCGUUUGACAGGGCCACUCUGCAGCACCGCAGACCACAGCUCAUUCCCCGGGCGAAACUCAUCGAUCGUCACUCUUUGAAAGACAGACUCAGCAAGAGCCAGCAGCAUUUGUCGGACUCGUACGAGAGGUUCAGCGAGCCGUCGGUGCGACCCAGCCAGAGUCGCUCCGUCUGCGGUCUUUACUCCCUGCCCCCACCCCUGGACUCGUUACCCGAGCCCCUGCCGUAUACGCGCCCCCGAUCAACUUGGAGGCCGCUCGACAAUCCCGGCAGGCUAAAUAUCCUCGAGUGGCCGGACUCGCCGAUACGAUACAGCAGCGUCCAGGAUCUCAAUAGCGUCAGCGGCCUCGUCGACGUCAUCGAGGACAACUUCUGGCCAGCCGAGGAAAAUCGUAGCGUCGAUUGCAUUUACACCCAGGUGAAACGCAAACGAAAGGAACAUCGAAGUUUAGAUAGCAUUUUGUUUGAAGACGAUAGCGAUGAGCUCGAAUACUUUGAUAUUUUAAACCUGCUGCCGCUAUCGAAUGUUCGCUUAGAAAUCGAUGAGCCGAAAUCGAAAAAUAGUGGUGUGAUUUUAGAAAGAAGCGGUAAAAUUUCGUCAAAUCAAGUGUCAAAAUCACAUCCCACGGUUCUUUCCGUUCUGUCGAAAAAAAGUAGCAGCGACAGCAAGAAAUAUUCUACGUAUAAGGGCAGAGUUUCGAUUACGGAAAUUGAAGAAUUCGUUCCGCCAAAGAUUGAUAUUGACGAUAAAGAAGGGAAAAUUCGCGAAGAUUCUGAUGUAUUUGAGACAAUCGUUAAGGAAUGCGCAACGGAGAGAAGCAUUAUCACAUCGUUUAAUGAAAUAGCGCGAGACAAACUUCAGAACGAAAGUACACCUAAUAAUUAUGAUAUAAAUGUAAGUGAAGCAUUAAAGCCUACCGUUCAAUCAUAUUAUUCGAAAGCAAAAGAAACUUUCUUAGAUAAAGCCAAGAGGUGGAGUAAUGAAGGUAAUAAAACAACAAGUUCGCAUUUAGAGGGGCAUAAGAGCGCUAACGAGACUUUUCAAAUUAAAGAAGAAAUUAAACGGAACGAGGCAGCGAUUACUACAGAAGCAGAAGAAAUGUCGCGAAGACCACAAAUACUUACGGUUAUCGAUAACGACAUUACAAAACCCAAGCAUCUUACAAAAUCAGUGACUCUUGAUGUAAUAUUCGCAGACAAUGACACAGCGUGUGAAGAAAAUCUUCAGGCGAAUAAUAAUGUAGCAAAUUAUCGAGCAUUAAAAGUGUUAAGCAAACCCGAUAUAAUUAACGACCAUGUAGAAAAAAUUAAAUUAAUGACGAAUAAUAGUGACGUGGAUGCGCAAAGCGAACGAUUAAGCGUCGAGAAUGCGAGAAAUUUUUUCGAGAAAAAGAGCGCGGACAAGGAUUUAUCAGCCAGUAAUUGUACCGACGGAGUAAUCGAUAAAAGUAUAUUUGGUAAAUCAUGUAGUAAUGUUGUUAAAGAUAGUUUAGGACUUGAAGGAACGUCUGAAAGUUCGGACUUGGGUUUAGGUUCUGAGGUGGGCAGUGACGUUAGAAGAUUGUCAGUCGAUGAAUGCACAAAUACAAUGAACGGAAAAAUUCGUAAUAAUAAGGGGUCCGCGGAAUGCGUUAGGCGAGCCGUUGAUUUAAAUGAUAAAAAUCAAAAUAACUGUACAAAUUUAACAAGAUCGAGAAGCUGCAUCGACUCUAUUGAAUGUCAAGAGUUCGAUGAGCCGGAAUUCGAUCACGUGCGCUACAAAAUCGUAAAAUCAAAUGUUUUUAAUAAAAAUGUUAUUAACAGUUCUAAAAAUGACGUCGCCUACGAUGGACUCAUCAAGUAUCUACGCGAAUACUCUUUUCAAGAUAUUUUGAUGGAUAAUAACGUUGUUAUUAUCGAACCAGUGAGGGCGGAGGUAGAGCGCAAGUCCUCCUUCAAUGAAACUAAAACGAAGACUUUCUCUUCGUCUAAAUCAUCGCAGAAUUCGACUCGACGAGCAAACAAUGCCGAAUCAAAUAAAUGUGACAAAGACAGCGACGGUGGAGUUAAAAAUCAUUUUAUAAAAUCACCUAGGCAAUCUUCGCUACGGAAACACUUCUUUUAUCAACCAAUUAGAGUAAAUCGUGAACUAAACGAUGAUGAAUUACCGGAUCCCGACACUGUUAGGAAUGUGAGGAAAAUGUUCGAAGAGACGAUGAAAAAAAAAUUAAAAAUUGGUGGCCAACAAAGGACGAGGGGCCUUAAUACGACAAAAAGCAUGAGUAUGAAAGAUCUGAGAAUGAUAGACGAUCGAUCGUACGAAACUGGAUCUGAGAAAGCAGCCGGCUCAUCCAGAUCGAGAUUCUCCAGUCGGGCGAAGGAUUUGCGAAAAAUGUUUGAAAACAUGGACAAAUCAUCGCCUUCUGCAUUAAUGAAUGAAAGUAAAGACGGCACGGAUAAUAUUAGAAACGAAUCGAAAACUAGAUCGAUUGUUCAAUCGUUUGAAAGCAGAAGUGGACACACGUCGCCCAGUAAUUCAAAUUCCUCGAAAACUAAAGCGAGCAAAUAUCAUCAACGUAAUCAAUUACAUAAUUGGGACGCUGGAAGUGUGAGCUCCGGCGUUUCCAGUGACUAUCCUGACACGGACGUUGGUAGCGCACUGCCUUGUACUUCAUCCGAAGAUGAGGAAUUAUAUUGCCAGGACGACGACGGGGUAGAUGAAAGAUACGAAGGCCACUACGUGUCGCAGGAUGUACUUAAAAAAAUUCGAGAGCAUGGGACGUCGGUUACGUAUUAUGGGGGUAAAGUCGUCAAUAUUUAUAAUGGACCAUUAAUAUGUCCGAUGGUAUGUAAGAAAACGAAAGUAUUGCAACAAUCGAUCGAUUAUGUCAAAUUUCGUUUGGUAAAAAGCAAUUCGUGCGAUAGUAGGCUCGAAUUAACCGGGCGCGUAGAAAAUAAUCGAAAUAAAUAUGAAUUGAACGUAAAUCGAGAUAAGAGUAUUGAUUUGAGGCAAUUCACUAUUGACGAGGCGCCGAGUAUUGAAAUAACCACGAUAGAGAAAAAGGAUACGGAUGAAAUUAAUGAUAAAGCUAAAGCCAAAGAUGCGAAACGUGAACCACCGGUGGUUAUUGGAUUAGAACCGAAAAAGGAGGAAAAUAAAACAUUCAAAGCGGAUUUUCAACUUGGCAAGAUCGACGAUAGCGUAGCAACGAAUAGAUUUGCAUCGAGCGCGCUUACCAGAUGGCAAAUUAAUGAAAAUACUUGGAAAAGGAAUACGGAUUUUGGAAAAAUGGAGUUCGAAGAGUACGAAGUGCUCGAAGACAGUCUUAAUGGGACAAACGCUUAGAAUUCACAUUCCA